UCUAGGUCAAUUAUUGUCUCUUCAAUUCAUUCUCUAUAUAUGAAGAUCAAACAAUCCCAGACCAUCACCACUAAUUCCAAUCUCAGCCAUAUAUAUAAAUAUUUUGACCUGGACGUUUUGAGCAAAAGUACAAAGGAGAAGUAGAUAUGGGCAGACCACCUUGUUAUGAUAAAGUUGGUGUGAAGAAAGGGCCGUGGACUCCUGAAGAAGACAUAAAAUUGGUGUCUUAUGUUAAAGAACAUGGUCCUGGAAAUUGGAGGGCUGUACCUACAAAUGCAGGUUUGCGUAGAUGCAGUAAGAGUUGCAGGCUAAGAUGGGCUAAUUAUCUUCGGCCAGGGAUCAAAAGGGGGAAUUUCACUGUACAUGAAGAGAAGAUUAUCAUUCAGCUUCAAGCUCUUUUGGGCAACAAAUGGGCUUCCAUAGCUUCUUAUCUCCCGGAACGAACAGAUAAUGACAUAAAAAACUAUUGGAAUACACAUUUGAAGAAGAAGGUAAAAAAUCUUCCAUCUUCAAACUUCGAAGCUCACUCAAUUACGAGAGGUCAAUGGGAAAUGAAGCUACAAACAGAUAUCAACAUGGCAAAACAAGCACUCCAUGAUGCAUUAUCAUAUCAAAAUACAAGCAAUUUCACUGAAUUAAUCCCAGAAUUCAAACCGCCUGAUACAAAAUCUGGAAAAGAAUUUACAUAUGCGUCCAGCACUGAAAAUAUUGCCAGAUUACUUAAACAAUGGGCGAUAAAUAGACCAAAAUCUUCAAUUACUCAAAAUUCAGUCGAUUGCAGCGCUCGUGAAUCCAUUCCUAGUCCAUGCACCGAGAGAAAAAGUGGAAAUACGUUAUCUGAAUCACUAUUCUGGUUUGGAUCCGCAUCAUUUGAUUCUUCAAACUCUGAAAUUGAAUUUUCCGGAACCGGUUCUCCUGAAGCUGGUUUUCUCCAUGGGGAAAGCAAACUUGACCCGACUGCACUGGGUCCGACCCAUUUGUCAACUCUGGAAAAUCUGCUACUUGAUGACCAAUGGAAGGAAUGCGUAUUUGAUGAAAGUCUGGAUUUAUUUUAGAAUGGUUUUAUUUUUUAUUUUUUGUUCUAGGCCCUCACAUUAAGCAAUUUUUACUGUUUAGUCCCAGUCUAAUAAUUUCAUUCGCCAUUAUUUAUAAUGAAUGCUAUUCGGGAAGUGUUAUGAACUUCAUUAUAAGUGCUUGUUUGUGCCUCAUUAUUUGUGAGUAAUGUAUUAUGAAAUAGUGAUUGAUAUUGAAAUGUGUAAUUGAAAAAGAACGAAAAAAAUUUUAUG